GUACGCUCCAAUUCAUUCGAUCCUUCCUGCGAUCGGAGUGAAGUCCGGUAGCAACCUCUAGUGUUUUCGGCGAAUAAAAACAUGGCAGGUUACUUGAAGGUCCUCAGCUCUCUCACUAGGUCCGCCGCAGCUCUAUCCAAAAGCCCCGCCGUUCUCGCUCCAGCUUCUUGUCCGAGUUUGCAACAAAGGAACUAUGCUGAUAAGCGCAUCAAGGUGGCACAGCCGGUGGUGGAGAUGGACGGAGAUGAGAUGACCAGGAUCAUCUGGGAGUUCAUCAAAGAAAAGCUCAUUCUGAACAAUGUGGAUGUGGAGCUGAAGUACUUUGACCUGGGUCUUCCUUACCGUGACCAGACCGAUGACCAAGUCACAAUUGACUCUGCUUUAGCCACCCUGAAAUACCACGUUGCUGUGAAAUGCGCCACCAUCACACCUGACGAAGCUAGGGUCGAAGAAUUCAAUCUGAAGAAAAUGUGGAAGAGUCCCAAUGGAACCAUCAGGAACAUCCUAGGUGGCACUGUCUUCCGUGAGCCAAUUAUCUGCAAGAACAUUCCCAGACUUGUACCUGGCUGGACGCAGCCCAUCACAAUUGGAAGACAUGCUUUCGGUGACCAGUACAAAGCAACAGACUUUGUUGUUGACCAGCCCGGCAAAUUCAAGAUGAUUUUCUCUCCAGCCGAUGGAAGCAAAAGCAAGGAGUGGGAGGUGUACGAUUUCCCUGGUGGUGGCUGUGGAAUGGGCAUGUACAACACUGAUGAGUCCAUCACUGGUUUCGCACACAGCUGCUUCCAGUAUGCCAUCCAGAAGAAAUGGCCUCUCUACAUGAGCACCAAGAACACCAUCCUAAAGGCUUACGAUGGCCGAUUCAAGGACAUUUUCCAGGACAUCUUUGAGAAAAACUACAAGCCAGAGUUUGACAAGCUGAAGAUCUGGUAUGAGCACAGGCUUAUCGAUGAUAUGGUAGCUCAAGUGUUGAAGUCAUCGGGUGCCUUUGUGUGGGCCUGCAAGAACUAUGAUGGAGAUGUGCAGUCUGACAUUCUUGCUCAGGGUUUCGGUUCUCUGGGGCUGAUGACAUCAGUGCUGGUGUGUCCUGAUGGAAAGACCAUUGAGGCUGAGGCCGCUCAUGGCACAGUAACUAGGCAUUACCGUGAGCACCAGAAGGGCAGGCCAACUAGCACUAACCCCAUUGCCAGCAUCUUCGCUUGGACCAGAGGACUGGAGCACCGUGGAAAACUUGAUGGAAACCCAGACCUGAUCAAGUUCUCUCAAACUCUAGAGAGGGUGUGUGUAGAGACUGUGGAGAGUGGCGUGAUGACUAAGGAUCUGGCUGGGUGCAUUCAUGGUCUCCCCAACUGUAAGCUAAACGAGCAUUACGUCAACACCACAGACUUCCUGGAUGCCAUCAAGACCAAUCUGGACAAGGCUCUGGGCAAAUGAAGGACAAUGGGCCUGGACACAGCAGAGAGUGUCUGUCUUUUUGUACCUCAUUUUUAACUUAAAGGUCAUAUUUACAAAUGUAAUGUUUGGAGGAGUUAUAAAAGGAGUUAUACAAAUAUAGUGAUGUCAUAGCUGUUCUGUUAGCUAAUCCUGCUGAUGGGAUCCACCAUCUCUCCCCACAACUUCAGGGUUCUAUUUUUGGUAGAAGUACUGUAUGUCAGAUACUGUAUAAUACAAUAGGGGGAAAAAAAAAAAGUUCAAGGGCCAUUUCAGAAACCCUCUAUUAAAUCCCUUGACACCUGAA